GUUUCCUUUGAAGCUCUACACUUUUGUAUUGGACGUUUUGAAUCCAAACUGUAGACUUUAUUUGAUUUUUUUUAUCCAAAACACCGCCCUGUUUAGUUAUCCAGACAAACGAAUCGAAACUCACCGAGUUCAAUUGAAAUGUUGUGGGCCGGCGAUGACGGCUCCGGUGUAUUUCGUCGACGGCUCUCCGCUUAGAGAUCCGCUCUUCACAGCUGUGAUCAGCGAAAGGAUGCGGGUUCCAGAGCGGCUCAGAGUCUCUCAGGCUGCGGUGGAGGAUCUGAAAGUCAGGGCUGAAGAUCUGCCUCCUGCUUUCAGCAUGCAUGUCCCUGACAGGCUGGCGUUAACAGAUGCUCCUGACCUGAGUCCACGGCCCCUGUUUUCCCGAGACAAUGCUAGAGGUCAUGCGUCUUCUCUUUGGAACCUGCAGCACGGACCUGGGGAUAGGGACGCCUACGCACGAGAGCACGUUCAUAGUCCGCUGCGGAGAUCGUAUAGUGACCAGGCUUUUGGUAGGACCCCAUCUGGGACGCCAACACACUCCAAACACUCUACGUCAGCCAGCCACAGUGCUGGAACCAUGCCCGCUGCACCCACAGACUCGCCCCUGCCUGUUCCCCAGGGACUCGGUGCUAUCGGCCCCGUCCUCCUGACACCCCAGAGCGUUCUGCAGGCCGCCAGGAAGCUGGGCAAGCAGGCCUCGUACAGAAUCCUCCAGACUGUCACUCAAAAAUACUCCUCCAGGUUUGGUUUCCCAGAAAACCCUCCACCUCAACCAGUUGAGGAUCACGCUGAUCAGGCCUUGAAAAGUAGCAGCACACAGGAGUUCUGGCGCAGUCCUGAGGAGGAGAGCGGAACUACAGUUGAAUUAAUAGUGCUUCGCCGACAGAUGAUGAAGAUGAACAGGCGGAUAGCAAAUCUGGAGAAACAGAACGCUGAACGCAAGCAGAGCGAACUGGUGUUCUUCUCCCUGCUGCUUUCUGCCUGUCUGAUCAACGGCUGGCUCUGGAUGCGCAAAUAAACCUGCAAAGCCCUCUGGGAGAUCAGUUCAAUUUGCCCAUGUCCUCCCCAGCAGCGCUAUCACCUGCUACUUAAAUGUGCACUUAAUACAGCACUCAGCGUAGGAGCUCACUGUGACGUGAGGUAGGUUCGAAUCAGGGGUGUAGUAUAAGAGCGAGCUUAGCGUUUGAGUUUGAGGAAUUUGAGGAAGGUCACAAGAAUUCCCACACCACCACACCACUGUGAUGAGAGUGGGAGGGGAAAUGCGUGCAGAUAAGAAGUUUUCUCUCAUAUCCAGUGGGAAGCUCUGGACCAGUGUCUCCCGUUGAGUUGCUAUCUCAGUGAAUAUAGUGAGUGCUUUAGUUUAUUUAGUUUAUAGUUUACUUUUGGAGGUUGUAACUGGGAAUGCAUAGUGCAGCUGAUCACAUUAGAUAUUCUGUCAUAAUUUAGACCUAAUCAUUAGGGGUGUUGCGGUGUCACGGUUAGUCACGGCAUACGUUCCGACUUUUACCUCAUUGAUGACUUUUUCAAAAUUAAAACACAUUUCCAUCCAUCAUCGUUAAUUUUUUUUUUUUUAACCCCACUGGUUGGUUCUUAUCCGUGUUGUGCCCGACUAUGACGCCCCAAAAACAACCCAUUUCCUCCAUAUGGACUUGCCCUAAAUUACAUCAUACCAAUUAUACCAUCUUUCCUUGACGCCACCCUCUCUUUCAGCUUACAACAUGAUAAAUUCUGACAGUGUAGAAAAUCUCUUUCAAAGACAGAACAACAAUUAUAGGAUUUUAUCUUUCCUUUCUCCCAUUUGCUUUUUUUUUGUGUAUAGGAAAGGAUUUGCAAAGAGACAUUCACACAAAGAAUUUCAUUAUAAAUCUGUGCUUUAAUUUUCACCACCGGCUUGCGUGUGUUUAAAUGAUUGAUUAAUACCGUGAAACCGUGAUAAUCUAGUCUACAAAAUAUCAUAGCAUGACCAUUUCAAACUGCAACACCCUCUACUAACCAAGAUAUGCUCUGGGGUUUGAUAGGAUUUUUUUUUUUAUUGUUGUAAAAAUGUAAAAUUUGAGCAAACAGCAGACACUUUUCACUCUUUGAAUAUACACUUGUGCUUUUAUAUCUAUAUCUAUAAUGCAUGAAUAGUAAUGAUAUCAUUGACCAUGUGAACGUUAUUUAAAAGAAGGAAAAACACUAUGCUAAGUGUAUCAGAUGCUUCACAUGCAACUGAUGUUUCACACAAAAGAAAACAAGUGAUUGCUCAGUAUAGUUAUUUAUUGAAAAAAUUAAAUUAAAUUUCAUUAAGAAAAAAAAUGUAAAAUGUUAUUUGGAACAUGUUCUGGAGUAUAAACCAAAUAAUAAAAGGUCAAAACUGCAAAUGAAACUGUAUGAGAUGAAUUUUGUAAAAACAAAGUAUUUGAUUAAAGAGAAUACAAUUCAGUUACAAACGAAUGAUUGUACAGUAAUAAAUGUUGUCAAGCAGCAGCUAGGGUACACACUUUGUGACAAAACC